AUGGUGGCGGAGCGCACGGUUUUGUCGCUCAUCACUAGCCACCCCGGCGAUGUGCUCUGUCUAAUGCUGUUUGCGCCGCUCGCGCUGCUGCAGUCGAAGCUACAACGCCGAAGGGGCGGCAAGCUGUGGACCGCUGCGGUCGUGGCGCUGCUGAUAUCGCUUGAGACUUUCCUGUACAUCAACGGCCGCAUUAUUGUGAUCCUACUCAGCCUGCCCCUCAUCAUAUGUUCACGUCGCAUGUGCGUGCCUGCCGUCACGGGUGGCAUCGGCAGCGGGAAGAGUACGCUGGCGAGGGUUCUGGCGGACAACGGGUACACGGUGGUCGACUGUGACGCGAUAAAUCGCGAGCUGCUGCUGCCGGGUUCGCCCGCCUACGCCAGCAUCAUCCGCAAGUUCGGCGCGGGCAUCGUGCUCGACAACGGCGAGAUAGACCGAGCCCAGCUGCGCGAGAUCGUGUUCAACAACGAGGCGAGGCGGCUGGAGCUAAACAAGUGCCUGCACAAGUACAUCGGCUUGCGCGUGAUUUGGAACAUUUUCAAGUACCGGGUGCUGCUGUGGAGGUCGCGUGUCGUUCUGGACGUGCCGCUACUGUACAACACGCCGUUGGUGUUCGUCAGCAGCCCCGUCGUGGUGGUGGUCUCGCCCGUGGAGAGCCGCCUGGAGCGCCUGAUGUCCCGGGACGGCACGGUGCCGCGGGCGACGCUGCAGAACAUCAUCAAGGCGCAGGUGUCGGACGACGUGCUCUGCGCCUGGGGAGAUAUCAUCCUCGACAACAGCCAGAGCCAGGAGGAGUUCGUGGAGCAAGUGGAGUCUCUCAUCUCGAGCCUGUAG